AGAUAAUACCGUAUGGAAGAUUUAUGCAAAGACGACGCUGACAAUGGUAUAAGUGGGUUCUCAUCCCACUACAGUGUGUACAAAACCAGCUUGAAUUAUCAAUAGCGACUUCUACUGCAUAAUGUAGCGGAAACUUUAAAUUUUUAAUUUCCUCCAUCAUUAUAUUUUUCUUGCUUCGCUGAUCUCUCUUUACCCACAUCUGAAGCAAGAUGCAUAUCGAUAUUAGAAAUUUACGAAGGUGCUCUGAUAGGCUUUCCAGUUUGCACUGAACAUUAUUAAUGACACUCUUUCGAAGGGCCGAGGUGAAAAUAGACCAUUAACAUCAAGAAAGAAGUCAGAGAACAGCGCAGCGAAAACUGAAUGGAAUGGUUACAGCUUCUGUGACUUGGCAAAAACGAAAAUAUCAGUCGCUAAGCUGUUCAUUUUCACCAAAACGUUUCUGCAAAGCAAGCUAAGAGGGAGAACGCAAGAACUUAACGCUUUAUGAAGGAAAAGGAAACACAGAUGGUAAAACAAACCUUCACAAUUAGAUCUACAGAUGUUUAGGAGAAGAUUAUGACUUGGAUGGCGCUGUUGUCACUCAUCGAGAGAGAAAGAACACCUGUCCUCUGAAACCUUCAUCGACCGCUGUCGACCUAAAAACGCUUCAAAACCUCUGAGCUUGGACAUAGCAACGAAUCUAAACAAAUUUUUUCAACAAGCGAAGAUCUAAGCAAUUACGAGAGGCAAUAAGCUUUAUAUUUAGAAUAGCAGAAAUGGCGUACGCGAGUGGGUACGAGAGAUUGAAGUAUUGACUUUUAGAGUUCGUGAAAACCAUGUCGACGCAACACAACAACCUCCAACACGAUCCGUUGGUUUAUGUCUGCGGCGAAGCGAACUUAAACACACCUGGAGGUCCUUCGCUUAGGGACAUAGUCAUCAGAAAUUUAGUAACUACUUGGGCAAUACGAACACAUCCUGUUACGGACUUUCUUGAUCCGAGACAAGAGAACUUAGCUGAGCUGUUUCAAAUAAUUCCUCGCGCGAGUGUUUUCGUAUUCAUAUUCAGUAAAAAAUCUCUGGAAGACAGCUAUUUUCUGAAUCAGUACGGCCUUGCCAAAUCGUACAAAAUUCCCGUGGUGGGGAUGCGAUUGACGAAUUAUUUUAUACGAAACUCUUUACCCGAGCAAUAUUACCGAACGGAAAUCGUCGAUAACGACGGCGAGUCAACAAUUGACAACAAGCGAACGGCUGAAAAGACAUCGUCGUCCCUCGCCGAACAUCUGAUCGCUGAUUUUAAACAUUCCAUGGUCUACGGGCCGGAUUUUCACAAAUCUUGUAUCGAAAGGCUCGUUCAUAAAGUAACCAGAGCAUGUUCACAACGCGAGAACGAAAAAGCAUUUCUGCAGCGGUCGAACGAGAAUGGCGGCUCCACUCUGAAUAAACAGCGCCAAGAUAAAGCGAACUCACCAACAAAGUGCCCGAAAUGCGGAUUUAUUUUCACAAAUGUUUCUCCACCGCCAAAACUUCAGCGAGCAUCGAGCACAGGUUCUCUGCUUCGUCGUAGCGACACGUACGAUCAUUUGCCGUUUAGUUCUUCAAAUGCGAAAACAACAGUGCCCAGGAACAGGACACCACUCCAGCCCACCACCAUCCAAAUUCCAAUUCCACACGUUAUCAAACAGCCUAAAAAAGUAGACACUCUCCGUUAUGGUAAUUGGACAACUAAACCGGAUAACAGCAAAGUGCCACCGCAAAUGGAACCAAAAAUCCAGCCGAGGGCCAGCUCGGUAUCAUCUUCGGAAAGCGCUCGGGAGGAAACGAGGUCAUCGCCACCGCCUCUGAAACCAGCUGGAAUCCCUAAAGUUUUUCGACGCCAGUCCCGAGUUUCAAAUGGUAGCUGGACCGAGAAACUCCGGAAUAAACUUCGCCGCCAGUCGAGCUUGCCCGUCAUACCGACGACCUAUCUCGUAACUACUCCAGAUGGGUUCGAAAAGCAGAUUUCCCUCGUAAGGUAUCCACCCGAGAAACAAGAGUCUUCGUCGCCUCGUGGAAGCGACGGCGCUUCGGGGUUUUCCGAAGAUGAGGACCAGGAGACCAUACACAUAUCACGUGUUCCUAGCCCAGACGCACCGAGUGGGUAAUAUUGAACACAAGGGGUGUCUCUUUGGGAAAAGAUAUUAAUGUUUGCGAGUGAGCCUUGACCAUGGUAAAGCCAAGCAUUUCAACUGUAAAAAUUCGUUUUGAGAGUAAUUUCCUCUGUAAUAUUUUAAGCGGUUUUACGCAAGCAGUGGUGCUCAGUGAUUAUCUGAAAGAGGCUUAAUUUGAUUCAAUAAAUAUACUUCCACGAUGAGUGUUCGGCCCUCUUGACACAGUUAAAAAAAAUAUCAAUGUUUUGAUGAAAGGUCCAGCUAAACUGAAGAUGGUUUAAAUCGCAGUUUUGUUUUAAAAACAACAGCUAAAACUUUCAGAUUGUCAGACUUAAUCGUAUGAAGCACAGCCUACGAGUUUACUUUAAGCUAGAGAAAAGUAUCAAAUCAACUUGAGAGAUGGCACUUUCCGAUUGAGUGUCGUACAAACAAAGCCACAGUUACUCUAAAAUGGCCAAUUAGGGCGAAGGAAACGAACCGCUGACAGCGCGGGAAAAAAACGCGGGUGGCCAAAUUGCGUUGGCUGAUAGUUUGUAAUCUGAUUGGUAGAGAAAGUGGCGUCAGUUUUUAAAGGAAUUAUCAGAAUUUUUAGAUACUGAAAAUCUUUAACAUUUGAGAAAAAUUAUUUUCAGUUUCUUAUCGAUAAUCACGUUAACAAUCUUGUACAUAUUAAUGACGUGUAUUAAGCGUAAGUGGACCUUAUCGCGAGGCUACGGGAAAUGAUUCCACAACUUCUCUUGCCUAUUUCGAUUGGCUGACGCUGAGACUUAUUGCUUCUCACGGAUUUUGAAAAUAUCGAAACCGGGCUUUUAAAAUUGUACAUCAAAGAGCAAACUUUUCAAUUUCUAUUUCACAUAAUCUUAAAUCACGUUAAGAACUUUCAUGAUUUGUUUUCACUCGACGUUCCAUAGGCCUAAAAACCUUAAGAGUGACCAGUAUCUCAUUUCUCCUAAUAGAAACACUGUUGAAGCAUUUCUCAACACCAUGAGAAUAAAGGAAAUGACCACCA